CCGUUACACCUCGGGUGUGCAUUAACUUUCGAAUAAUUGAACGGACCGAAGUCAAUUAUUCCUUACUUAAAAUAGAUGUUAAAAUGUUUGAUUAUAAGUAACCUUAUAUCACGGUUACCACAUCACAGGACAUUGUUUAAAUGCCACAUUCCCCGCAAUCACAUUUUUCAACCUUUAGUUAGUGUGUAAUGUUGCUGUUAGAGCAUAAACAAUACCUGCAAAAUGAUAAAGCUCAAAGUUCAAUGCCAAGCGAGAUAUUGUCUUUAACAGAAUUCGCUUUUCAAGGACUACAGAGAAUGGCUGGAAUCGGACUACAGCCAUCUACUUCCCGGGUACAUGAUGUCACUAUUCCAAGUGCUUUUAAUAACCUCCGCCCAAAGGAAUGCGCCAAAAAGGGGCGAGGUCUUCUUUAGAGAAGAGGAAGAGCCGCUGGAGUAGUGUUUGGAUAUCGGAGAUUGUAAACAUUUGACUGAGCUACGCGCUAAACUACUUUAAAAACUACGCACGCGCAUAGCCUACCUCUAAAACACUUCUAUGAUACAUACUUUGAAGUCCUGCUUGCAAAUGUCUCCUGGUCAAUCUGCUUGUUUUAUUAUCCAACUCGGGCUUCUGUUAUUAGUGUUAAUUAAUAUAACCGGUCUGACGCCAAUCAGUCCGUGUCAUUUCCCUCGCCAUAGUAGGAACGAAAUCCGCGAUCUCUAACUAAGACUGACGUUUGCACAUGCACUAGCAGACCUCUGUUACACUUCGAUCGAUCCGCAUGUUUUUAACUGAUAAAGUGAAGUUGACGCAAUUGUUACUGUUUAUUGCUAAAAGCCAAAGCUUAUGAAUACACGUGCACUGAGAGGGGGACUGACCCAUCACAACAGCCUGAGAAGCGGAAGCUCGCUAAUUUGAUAUGGGUGGGACAUCUUCACACACACACACUCUAAGCGGGGAACCAAUCACGACAGACCUGGUCAGCUUUACCAAUCAGAGCGUUUUCGGAAGGAGGGACUUUAUAUAGACCGGAAGAAAUCCAGUCGUUUUGUGAGAAGAGAGACAGCGGUGAACAAUAGACUUGAAAUAUAAAGAGUUUCUUGAAAUUAGAAACAUGAACAUCCAUUGUUAAAAUGCUGUUGAUUGUAGGACUACUUUCUUGCGCAUCUCAUUUCCGUUCGAGCGAACGGACUCGGAAGUUUGAGCCACGUGAGAGUGAGAGAUCGCGCGCACACCUGCGUGUUUGCGGUAAUGUGACAGAAAAGCCAGUGAUAAUAAAUUGUUUAUUCCUCGUAUCGUUUCUAUAUCUUCAGAAGUAAAAACAAUCACGCAAACCUUUGAAAGAGUAGGUCUAUCAAAAUAUAUUUGUUAUCAGAUAUAAGCAGCAUGAAGAGGAAAACGAACCAGUAGGCUAUCAGUGUUUAUUAAUGCAUUUUGUUUUUCUAUUCAGUUAUUUGAUUUAUUUGAUUUCAGUAUAUGUAUGUCUUGUUUUUGAAAUGCUUUGUUUAUUGAAACGAAACUACACACUGCAAUUUUGCUGAAAAUUAAUGCAUACCCAUAGAACGUUUGUCAACCAAUCAGAUUGAAGCGUUCAACAGCCCGGUGGUAUAACAAUUACAAUAAUACACAGUAAAGUAUGUAUGUGCAACGAUAUCAUGCCUAAUUUCCCCACAUGAGGACUUUAAAAUUGAGAUAGAAGAGUGUAUGUUUUAAAAACAUCCUCCCUGCGUUCCAAUCCGCAUACUAUCCAUCCUAAUAGUAUUAGAAAGUAGAAAGUAGAAGUAGACAUAUGUCCGGUUAACCGAAAAUAUAUAUCACGUGAUUUAUGCACAACUUGUGAGUGAAGUACGGUAAAAUGCUGCUGCAUCCGAAAGCCAGAGGGCGCUCUCGUGCAGAAACUCCAAAUACGCACUGCAGAAGAAGACCAUAACACACGUAGUAGUAGGAAAUGCCUAAGGACAUGUUUUUAUCACCGAUCCUCAAGCCUCCUCAGGUAUUUUUAUGAUAAUAAAGUAUAUUUAUAAUGAUCAUGGUUGACGGGUGUUGCUUUUUCAAAUGCACGUUAUAAGCGACUCAAACUCGCACUGCUUUUAGAUCGAGCAGCAUUUCUACUGAUCCCAGAGCCGUGCUUCACGGACAAGCUACGCAUCAAUAAAAUAAACGAUACCUUGCAUUAUCGCAGCCAGCGGUUAACCGGGCACAUGUCUAAGUAUAUACCAUUUUAUGAAUAAAUAUUCUUGGUGUGAUUGCUGGAAAAGUCCUUGAGUGACGUGCCAAAAGACCCUAAAAUGAAUCCGAACACAUUGUUGAUGGGAGAGCAAGAUGAUGAAGAUCUUCGGGUGCUGUUGGUCGGUAAAUCCGGAUCAGGAAAAAGUGCCACAGGAAACACCAUCUUUAAUGAAAUUGUGUUUCAGUCAAAAACAAGAUCUUCACCAGUGACCAGAACCUGUCAAACUUACACUGGAGCUGUUAAUAACAGGAGAUUGACAGUGAUCGAUACUCCAGACUUCAGAUUCUCCACUCACACUGACUUUGAGUCAGACUCUGAGCUGAAGAGAGCUUUUUGUAAACCAGGAGCUCACAUCAUCCUGCUUAUUCUGCCCUUAUACACGUUCACUGAUCAGGAGAUGAAGGUUCUGAGUCAGUUUGAACAAAUGUUUGGUGCAGAAGCUCUCAAAUACACUCUAGUCCUCUUCACUCAUGCAGAAAGUGGACACCUAGAAGCAUUGAUCAGAGGACAUAAUCAGUUGUCUGGUUUUAUUAAUCGCUGUCGAGGGGGGUUUUGUGGAAUGAACAAUAAAGAUAGAUCAAACAGACGGCAGGUGACUAAACUCAUGGAGAAAAUCGACAGACUGCUGUCUGAGAACGAAAACUCCUGCUACACACUAGAAAUGAUGCAGGAGACUGAGAGGAGAAGAAAGGAGGAAGAGAAGAGAGCUGAGGAGGCUAAGAAAAUAGAGGAGGAGAGGAAAGAAAGAGAACAUCAAUUGGCAUUAGAGAGAGUCAGAGAAGAGUCAGAAAUGCGUGUGAGGAGAGAAUAUGAAGAGCAGGCAAGAACCAAGAUAUUGCAGAAAGAUGAGAAGAGAGAAAAAAUGUUUUUCUUUCAACACGUGAAAAAAUGUGCAUUUGUGUUGUGUGCUGCAAUGACAGGUUUAGUUUUGGUGUGGAAAAAAAGUUAUUUACAUAGAUGGACAUUGAUGAGGGGUUUCUUUACAGCAGGAACAGCAGCUGCAGCAGGAGUUUUCACAGGGAUUCUUUGGAGAUUAAUGUUUGUGAGGAUCGGUUCAUCUUCUCAUGAGCGUCCCAGUGCCAUUAGACAGUUUCUAUCGAAUGUAACAGGUGUUGUGUGUGGUGGUGUAUUUGCUAGAACUGUGAUGCAUUACUUUGUAGAAGAAAAUCUGCUUUAUGUUUCUGUGUUAGGUGGAGCUGCUGGAGCUUUCAUAUCAAUACAGUGGAGGUCUUAACUUUUUACCAAAUUGUUUAACUUUAUCUAACAUUAUGGGACCUAAAACUGAUACAGUUAUGCAACUGGUGUCUUGCCAAAAGUAUAUUUUUUUUGUUGGAAGAUCUCAUUGUGUCAUGUGGCGUUAUUACAAGUGAAACUACAAAAACUAAAAUCUGUAAGCUUUACCUCAACUGCCCUAUGUACUUCUCAGUACUUUUGGUUUUUAAAACAUUUAUAUUUGUUUGAUGCAUUGCAGCUGGAAAAUGUGUAAGUUUUUACUUUAUUUUGAAUUGGUUUAAUUUACAAGAUUAAGAAUGAAUAUAAAAGCAUUAUUAACAGAGCGGGAGAAGAGAAAUUAUACAUAUUGCAUACACAUUUUAAAUAAUGCAACAGCGUACACAGCUGUAUGCUGACACGUAACAGUGCAUAUACAUAAAUAUAAGUAAACAUCUAUAUCGACAUAAAUACUGUAUAUGUACUAGCUCCCCUAUUUCAAUUUUAUUUAUAUAGCGCUUUUAACAAUUUUCAUUUUUGCAAAGCAGCUUUACAUACAUCAUAAGAAAUGUAAUUAAAAUAAUACAAGGGGAAAAAGUAUAUAUGGCAUUAAAAUACAUGGUAUUAUUGCAAGUUUUUCUCUGCAAUAUACGCUGAUGUCAGCUCCUAAUUUAUAAAUGUAUACUCAACUCCUGAAUAAUAAAGCCGUUGU